AUGACAUCCAGCCCCAGCCUCCCGCCCAUUCUCGUCUUUGAUGCCGUCUCAGGAGAGUAUCGAGACCCGAGCGACUCGGCUGAUACCACGGCCAAGAUCGAUGCGCCCACACGCACCGUGCUGGUCACGGGAGCAAGUGGCCUCUUGGGACGACAAGUGCAGCGCCAGUUCGCUCGAGCUGGCUGGAAAGCCGUUGGCACUGGACUCAACCGCAUCAAUCCCCCAGACGUGCUCAAGCUCAACAUCCUCAACGCCAAAGACAUCGAGCAAUUGCUGGACGAUGUGAAGCCUGACGUCGUCGUUCACUGCGCAGCAAACCGUUUCCCAGACUCGUGCACAGCCAAUCCAGCAGCCGCUCGCAACAUCAACGUGCAAGCCAGCCGUGCACUGGCCGAAGCCACAGUCGCACGUGACAUUUUUCUCAUCUACAUCUCCACCGACUACGUGUUCCCCGGCCGGCCAGGCGAGGCGCCGUACAAAGCAACCUCAGCGCCCGACCCACCAAACGUGUACGGCCGCACCAAGCUCGAGGGCGAAAGAGCCGUCCUCGACGUAGCAUCCCAGGCCAACGCGCGCAACAAGGCCGUCGUUCUCCGCGUCCCCGUUCUCUACGGCUCCUGCGACGAGCCUAAAGAAAGCGCCGUCAACGUCCUCAUGUCGCAGCUAUGGGCUGCACAGAAGCUCUCACCAGCCGACGCAAAAGUCACCGUCGACGACCACGCUCUGCGCUUCCCCACCAACACAGACGACGUGGGGCGCGUGUGCCGCGACGUCUCUGACUUCUAUCGAAGCACAGAGAAUGCCGACCGAGAGCUGCCGCGCAUCCUGCAGUUCAGCUCCGAGGACCAGAUGACCAAGUGGCAGAUUGUGCAGAAGUUUGCUGAGAUUACGGGAUUGCCGCUUGACAAUCUCGCGCCGUCCAAGCCGCAGGAAGAGCCAAGUGAUGGGACGGUGAGACCGUAUGACUGCCAUCUCGACACGGGUGAGCUGAAGGAGCUGGGUAUUGAUGUGACAACCAUUGGGUUCAAGGAGUGGUGGAGCAAGGAGCUUGGUGUCUUUCAGCGGUAA